AUGGGCAGGCGCAAGAUCGAGAUUAAGCCGAUUCGAGACGACCGCAACCGCAGCGUCACCUUCCUCAAGCGCAAAGGCGGCCUGUUCAAGAAGGCGCACGAGCUGUCCGUCCUGUGUUCCGUCGACGUCGCUGUUGUUAUCUUUGGCCACAAUAAGAAGCUCUACGAGUACUCGUCCUCGGACAUCAACGAGAUCAUCGGGAGGUUUCAAUACUAUGGCGGUGCACACGAACACAAAGGUCCUCAGGACUUUGCAGACAAGCAUGGCGGCGGAGACGACGACGACGAUGAAGAGGGAGGCGAAGAUAUGGCAGGAGGAGAAGAGCGAGGGACACCAGCGCCUGACCACCCCAUGAUGCACCCCCAAAUGGCACACCAUCCUGGCUUCCAACACGUUCGACAAGGCACACCUUCUGGUUCACCUCCAAUGCACAAUGGGCAAAUGCCGCAGUUCCAACGCGGACCAUCGCCGCUGCCGCCAGGCAUGUCGCGCCCAUCUUCGCGAAACGCCCAGCACCCGUCACAACAGCAGCACAUCCGCCGAACGAGCUCUAACCUGGUUCCUCAAGCGCAUCAACCCCAGCCCAGCUAUGCCUACACGCCGAAUCCUCCCUUCUAUAAUCCGCAAGCGCAGAUGCAACGCCCGCCAGGCCAGCCCGUACCAGGUCAAGCUUCGUACCCGCCUCCAUAUCCACCGCAAGCGGCACCUCAUCCGCAGAUGCAACAAGCUUACGUGCACGACAACCGGAGAUCAUCGAUGCCACCAGCCUACCCAACAGGACAGCCACCGCCCCAAGCCAACAUGCAACGACAUCAAUCUCAAGAGCACCUGCAGCCACCGCACACACAAGGACAACCGUCGCCGCAGCCACAGCAAGCCCAGAGACCUACGCCCUCGCCUCAACCGGUACAGCAGCAAUUUCAGAGUCCCCCCAUGCCUCAGCCCAAACCUCUACCCGCACACGCCAAGUCGCAUAGCAUAUUCACGCCGAUAGAUGACAGCAGGUCUAUGCUUGCGCAGCAUUGGGGCGCGACGACUGCAGCAGACAUGCCGCGAUCAGAUCCAGAGAUUAAGAUUGAAGGUGGUGGACCGCGGUCUGCGUCGAUAGAUGUGGCCGCUAUGCAACGGGAGAACCAAGCAAGGGCCAACGGACUAUCACCACGACCGCCACAUCAGAUGCCACCUCCCAAAUCGCCGCAACCACCUCAGCGAACAGCCAGCCAGCCGACGAUCCCCCAACCUUCGAGAUCCAACACGAAUCAGUCAGAGAAAAAGCCGAGAUUGAGAGUGCAGAUACCGAGCGAACAAUCGGGUGAUGAAGGAGGUACAGCAGAGUCGGGACAAGGCGAAGAGGAGGGUUCUUCGGGUGCCCAGGGUAGUGGACAACAACAGGGACAACCUUCUCAUGGGGUAGUACUCCCUCCUCCAUCACCAAGCGCUGGCGCUUUGUUAUCGGCGGGGGCUCAAGGACCGCCCAAUCCGUUUGCCCGACCAGCACCGCCGAUGAGCACAAAUCCACACGCAGCGAAUCGAGACGCGGCUAACAAUCACAUCGAAACCCCGAUAUCAGCACUGCCGUCAAGAUUCAUGAACGACAACUUGCUACCCUCCCCGUCGUCCUUCUAUCCUGAGUGGGGAUUUGGAAGAUCAGGGGAUAGUAAUAUGCUUCCGUCGCCGCUCAACUUUCAAACGCCCGUCGUAUCUAACGGAUCCGGUUGGCGAGAGGAGGAGCGAAAACGAAGCAGCGAAGACCAAGAAGGGGGCGACGCGAAGAGGACGAAGUCAUGA